AUGGCGAUCUCAGAUUUAGAAUCAACAACAAGCACCGGUUCCCAGGAUACCAAGGGGGGACGUGAUGAGGCCACUCGAUUCGAUAAGUUCCAUGUGUUUGCGAUUCUUGACCAUGGUAGCAUGUGGGAUCAUAGCAGUCGACGGGCUAAGGCGUUUUGUUAUAAGAUCCAGUGGGUUGGAUAUGACGAGAAGGAUCACAGCUGGGAGCCGGCGUUCAAGAUUGCUGGUAUUGUUCCACGGAUGAAGGAAGAGUAUGACGAGAUACAUGGGUUGUGA